AUGUGGAAGGAGGACAAUGGCAACGUUCGAGUUGCUUCACCAAACCUCUUGAAUGAAAGUCCGGUUAAAGUUGAAGUCAAGGAGGAAGCACAAGACUCCUUCAUGAGGCAAUGUAAGGAGGAGGAAUAUCCUACAGAGAUCGGGGCGGAUGGACAAUACAGAAGAAUAAAUGAUGGCUCGGGGUCCCAGAGCAUUGACCCGCUUCUAGGAAGAUCAACAGAUUUCCUUUAUGAUGAGGAAACGAUUGAAGACAUGUAUUCCUACACCAUGGACUCCGACAGAGGAUCUUUGGAGGAUUCAUCGGACGAAGAUGAGGAAUCGGAACCAUCUUCUCCCGAGAGAGAGCCGGACGAGGAACUCAAAGAACUCCUUCAAAGGCUCUACGAGAAAGUCAACCCUCCAGGUCAGCCAAUCCCUCCCUGCUUCCCAGAAAAUCCAGUGCGCGUCCGGCCUGCUUCCCCGUCCGACGAAAGCCCCUCUGGAGACACCCUCAUCGGCAACAACGACUGGUGCGUCUGCGGGAACUGCAGGCCGAUGCCCACAAACUUCGAAUCGGUGUGCUGCCACAACGUGGACAAUGCCGAUCGCUUUCUCACCGGUGAAAUGCACUGCAUAACGGAGGCCGAGGAAUUCCGCGACCGUUGCCUGAACGAAAAGAUCCUGCGCUACCUGCUCGAAUGUGACAAUGUUACCAAGAAAAAAGAUUUCGAUAAUGAUAAGAAUCGGUGUCUGCGGAAAGCCGCCUUCCGGUCCUACACUCGAAUGGUUCAAGGUUUCUGGGGGAAAAAGAAGCGAAUUCCAGUGCCAUCAUGCGUGGUGUGGGCGGUCCGAAACGCCUUCCCAGACCCACAGGGACGUUACACUGACGCGUUUCUGUGGCCCAGUGAUUAUAUAGCCAGCGAUAUGGCGCUGUACAUGUAUUAGUUCUGACGUUUUACUUAUGUCCUUGUAUUCUGACCAUUAAAUGUUCUCCUGUUUAUGCAAU